AUGCGCGACCCAAGGGCCAAAGGGCACAUUAAGUGCCCUGCACCAGGUGGCGAGCCAACGGGUGCAUUUGACUGCACCUACACGUACGAGAAGGUGGGCGAGAUCUCCAUCGACGAGCUUGAAGGAAUCCCAAGUUUCGGCGCACUCAUGAAGUCCGGCGGCUACGAGUACAGCCGGAGCUCGGACAAGGGCAAGAAGAUGCACUUCUGGGACGACAAGAACUCCACGGAAGCCAACCAGAGGCGCAUCAACCGUGUGCUGGACAAGUUUAACGAGAAGUACCCCGACCAGCCAUACCUGGAGGACCCGCCACUUGCCAGAAUGGAGAUCGUGAUGUAA